UGGUGAGCUGAAGCGAAUCAUGUCCGUCAAAAGGAAAAAGGAUCUUCAUCGUCUACGCUAUCAAACAAAAGCAGUAAUAGACUUGACAGACAUCGCAAGAUUAACUUCAGGUUUUGAAAACUAUUUGAAAGAAGCUAUGGAAGCUUGGCCUGAAGAACCUAAGACUUCCUGGAAUAGGUUGGUGCGAAUAUGGAAGAGAUAUGGAUUUUUAUGGCCAGAAAAGCUUUAUUUGGGUAUGUAAGGUGUUAUGAGUUUGGCGGGUUUAUUCUCUUUCUUCUAGCAAAGAUCUCCUUAUUGAAGAAAGCUGUUUUAUGAAAAGGUACAUUUGAGCCACUGAACCAGUCAUUAGAUACUUCCAUGACAGGCAAUACCGCCAAUAGUCCAAUGAGUGAUAUUAAUCCAAAAAGUCAACAGCUACCAUUUUUAGAGCAGAGUAGGCCUUCCGAGGAUUAUGUUAUUGUUUGUCGCGCAAAAUUACGGCCUAUUCAUGAGUUUUUUCCAGACAUAUAUGCUGAUCAGAAGCAGUACAUUGAAGCCAUUAUCAACCAUUUCGUGUACAACAAAAUUGAUGAGACCUCAAAUGUAAGCAGCUCUUUUUCAGAAAGACUACAGGAACAGGCUGACUAUUCUGAGCCUUCAAAUAGAAGUCGAAGCAGUCUUAACAAUGAUUACAAAGCACAGAUAUCAACAGAACGAAAGAAAAAUAUAGGUACUUUGUCCGAUUCCGCUACAAUUGCAGCAGGUGAAAGAAGAAACGAUAAUGAGUGGAAAAUAGCCAUUAACCCUAUUAAUCCUUCUACAUCUGCUGCCAACCGUACGAAAGACCUAACAUCUUCAGCUUUUGAGGAGUCACAGAAAAAGAAAGCACCAAAUAGAAUUCCUCAUGAUCAAUUCUCAAACGGAUGUUGCUCACGUACUUCUAGCAGUAUGAACACAAAUAGUGGUCACUUAACAUCUUCCUCUGCUGAAUCCAGUGAUCAUACUCAGCCCACGAGUGAGUUGCCCUCGCCUCACAGCAGUAAAAAAUCUCGAACUGUGUAUGUAGAUACGAACGUUAUCAUUACUGUGCAACAGCUAUUUAAUGACCAGCAGCAGAUGCAUGAAAGCGGCGAGAACAUCCGAAACCACAAUCAGCGGCAAGACCUUGAGCAAAAAUGUAAUGUUGAGCAGCUGGUAGAAAAGGAACUGGGCAAGCCUAUCAAAGAAAGUGGUAAGCUUCUGGAAAUUGCGAUUGCUUCAAAUAUCACGGCGGAUAGCAGUAUAAAUGUAGGCUGCGUGAAGAUUGAGAAGCAAACCCUUGGUAACGACAAGACAGGUGUAACAUUUUCAGGAACAGUCUGUAGGACAUUCACUAAAAAUGCUGCCUUAAUGCAUGACAGUAAUGAUUUGCAAAGCUGUUAUGCUGAGAGUCAUUAUACAACCGCAUCAGGAACAAUAACUACUACUGGCACCUCAGUAUCAUUUGAAGAACAUUCUUCACAAGGCCAGAAUCCCAUAGUUUUGUCAGCGAGACAGCUAGAAAAGCAGCCACUACGGUCAUUCCAGCAAUCAGGCUUUACGUGCGAAGAUAUACCAGAAGAGUAUAAUGGAGAACAUGAUGAGAGAUAUGAAUGGUCUAUGUCUUCCUCAGCAUCUUCAAACUCAUCAAUACCAGAACCUACGCCUACACAAAGCAUGCAAAUGACUGGAACUGUUGAAAAGAGCUUACCUAUACGCGAAGAAAGCAACAGUUCUAGCCACAUCUUUGAUAAGGAGCUUAUGAAUACGCCAACCGAAGCAGAAUUAUUCAAAAGAGAAAUACAAAAGAAAUUAAAAGCACGAGAAAACGCGUACGCCGCGAUUUGCAGAAGUAUAUUAUGUUUAGGAACCCCACUUUCAAACGCCACUAGUAGUCAGGUUAGGUACUACGAUGAUGAUGACGAUGGUGAUGAUAAUUAUUAUGACGGAAAUGAGAAAAGUAAGGAAGAAGAAGAGACAAAAAAUGCGUACGAACAAGAACAGCAAAGUGGAAGACAGCAACAGCAACGUUCCGUGAACAAAACUGCUCGUACAAUGACACCAAGAAGCAGACUAAGUAAUAGAACAGCAUCCUCCUCAGCGAAUCUGUCACCUGAAGAAUAUCAUUUACGAAGAAGGACUAGAGAGAAAGAGUUCAUGAAAUUACUGCAACAUCAAGAGUCGAAACAGCAAAUAUGGACAAGAGCAAUGCGGCAAUCUAGUCUACGAUAUUGGUUGCAGGACAUCUUCGUCAUAAAUAAUUCUCCACACCAACAGCAUCGAUAUCAACAGCAACGACAAAAACGUAUGGCUACGGAGUGCCAAAAUGAAGAAGCAGCGAUCUAGUAUCAGUAACAGAAUCGGCAGGUACCUCUACUUCUAUUAUACUGCUACAUCAGCAAAAUAGCAAUAUAUAUAGUUCUCUUAUAAACAUAAUGCGUAGGGAAAUGCAUAUCGUUUAUUAACAUUCUAAGAAAUUUUGAAACCACCAUUAAGCGGGCAACUGCUAAUUAAUGUAUAAUGUCUCCUAAAUUGAAUAUCACUCUACCCUAUUAAUUUAUUUCUUUUUUUCUUUCGAAAUUUACCAAGUUGCUACUACAUAUUUCUUACAAUGGUUUUCGGCCACGUAUAAUAAACUUUUCAAUCGUUAC